UCUCUCCUUGAAGGGCAGUUGAGACAAUCCAGUCCCCAAUCUAGAAAUAAUCUUAACCUGCAGCGGCUUUUGCGUUGGAGCUCGUUGGCCCUUCAAUUUCAAUCUGUCCAAAUCUACUUCAUGCCUAGGAGAAGAGACUUGCGAGUAUGUGCAAUAAGAUGAGCAAUAAAGAGAAGAUGAUGGCUGCUCUUUUAGAUUUGAGUUCUGUUGGUGUUGUUGUCGUCUUUUUUGGUUCUUUUCUCACUGUUUUUCAGCACCAGGAAGCAAGGAAGGUAGGGAGAGCUGAUGAGGAUGCUAAACUCAAAGCCUAUUUAAGUAGAGAAAUAUUGUAGGUGAGAAAUUCCAAAAGAGAAAAGAGAGAAAACAUGAGAGAGAAAGAGAAUAAUGAGACCAGAGGUUGACAAGUUUCCUGUCACUGUUAUUGGAAGGUCAUUUGUCCUUGUGGAGAUUUUCUUCUCUGGGAUCUCCUUGUCCUCCUUCCAAGCCUCAACCUUUCCCCUCUCCCUCUCCUCCUCCUCCUCCUUCACCUCCUCUUAUCUCUCUAUCUUUGUGAGAGAGGUGCCUCCGACGCCCAGAUGAAGAUCUGGGUCGUUUUCUUCUUCCAAUGUUCUUCCACAGCAGCUUAAAUUUUUUCCUCUGGAAUCAUCGCUCGCUCAAAGAGGCCUCACAAUCUGGAGCAAUAAUUCUGCCGUGAAAGUAGAUAAUUGCGGAACGGACAAAGGUGGCUCCUUCGACUUCGCCUGGUCAUGAUCUUGCCUUGAUGAGUGAUGUGAACUUGAACGAUUUUUUUGAUUUGAAAGGAAUGGGAACAAAAGUGCACUGCAAAAGCUACCUUCCUGGGUUUCCGCCGCCAGGGGAUCUAAACGAAGAUUCCAACUUCAGCUGGACACUGUUUUGUGAACACAAAUCUAUCGGCAGACAACUGUACAACGAUUUCCAGCCAAGGGGAGUUGGAAGCUGUUUGGCAUAUGACAAAGACAUGUUGAAGAGAACAAUGCUAGAACAUGAAGCUAUAUUCCAGAAUCAGGUUUAUGAACUUCAUCGUGUUUAUAGAAUACAGAAGGAGCUGAUGCAUGAGCUUAAGAAAACACAAAUGAACGGAUAUUCCCAGACUUCGAAUUCGAGCAUGCUUGUAUCUAGAUUGCGUUCUGAGUUGGAUGAAAAGGGAUGGCUUGCACCUCAUCAACCUCUAAUGACUAAACCAAAUGUUAUACAAGAUAGCGAGGACGACAAAGUCUCUUUGCACUUUCUGAAUAAAGACAUGACUCCAAGGAAACAUGGGAAAUGUGUUGAGAGUGACAAACCAGAGGAAACUGAGCCCAAGAAAUUUACUGGAAGAAUUUUGGAUCUUCAUCUCCCUGCUGAUGUUUACAUAGAAAAGGAGGUUACUGAAAAAAUUGAAAGAGAAAAUAUUCAUGGCAUCGAGGCUGAAAAUGGUGUCAAAUUAACUCUUGGCAGCAUCGAUAUUCAUGGAUUCAGAAAAGGUUGCUUAAAAUCAAAUUGGGAUUCUGAUGAUCAAUCAGUUCAUAGUUUGGCUGAUCUGAAUGAGCCUAUUACAGAGUCUUGGGAGAAUGAGGCUGUCAAUUCAAAUAUACAUAAAUUGGAUGGUGUGAAUGUACUCUCCAAAGAACUUGAAAAGCCUUGUUUAUUGACAGAAUCAGAAUCAAAAACGAAGUUUCCACAUAUUUAUCUCUCCAAUAAUGAUGGCGCAAACAGCCUCGAUGCAGAGACAGUUGGGAUAAUACAAGAACAACAGACACUCAACGAUUGUGCUGGGCAAAGUAUCGCCGAUACCAAUGAAUGCCCAAGUUCCUCUGAGCAACUAAAGUUGAAAUUUGAUAAAUCUGAAGAAAAUUACUUGCUUGAGCAAGAUGAAAUAAGGACUUGGUUUCGAGAGAAAACUAUCUGCAUUGAAAAUUCUGCUAAUCCAGGUCUACCAACUAGCUUGAAUAAUCCUAGACUUAAAGCUUCUCAGGUCACUCCGUUAUCGGCAGCAUAUCCACCAGCUCCAGCUUGCACAAAGCCAAUGCAGAUUAUUGGCCAACCUCCAGUCUCACUUCAAGCAUUACCUUGUUUCAAGAGCUACAAUGGUUAUUCACAGCCACACAGGGGACUUGAUAAUUUAGUCUUAUCCCACACUAGUGGGUAUCGUCAUGCCAUUCAAAUGAACUUGACUUCUUUGGCUAAUAUACAACAUCUGCAGAGCAACCUUGGAAAAUCAAAUCUCAGUGACAGUAAUGGUAGUUCACCAUAUGAAAGCUCCCAAAACCAUGAACUCCAAAGACCCUUCAAGGACUCAAAGUUCGGAAAUUUUGAGUCUCUGAAGGGUUUGAAUUUGAACCAGGCAAUUCUGUGUGGAACUCAAGAUGGUUUUGCAGACCAAGAAAAUUUAGUUAGGAAGCAUGAGGAAGCCCCUGACAAAUUUAUUUGGCCUAGAGAAUGGUCAUCUUGCAAUGGUCAUGCUGACAGAAAAGAAAAUGACACUAGAUCCAAUGUGCAUUUCAAUGCUGAAUUUAGAGGAUUAGAAAUCAAAAGCCUGGAUGCUGAUCUUGCAAGCAAUCUUGGAAAAGGAAAAGGAUUUAGAAAUUGCAGUCAAGGUUUAGAAAGCGAGAUUAAUUUGAAUUGUGAGGUAAUACCUGUUACCGAAAAUAAACUGUGUGAAGCUUCAACUGAAGGUAUUCCAUCUUCACUUCCUAUGGCUGCGGCUGUUGGCAAAUUGACUUGCCAAAUUGAUCUGGAAGUACCAGCUGAUGAACUGGAAGACAAUGAUAUGGAUGUCUAUAUCAAUCAACCAAUUGCUGCAGCAGUUAUGUCAGCGGAGAAGAUAUCCUCCCUGGAUGUUUGCAUCAAAUCAGCUGCAGAUGCAAUUAUUUCAAUGUCCAUAGAUGCACAUAAUCAUUUAGAUAAUAUCACGAGUAUUCCCUCCGCACCAGCUACUUGUGAUUCCUUGCAUUUGUUAGCAAAGAUAGCUACAUGUAUCGUGGAGUCAUUUGAAGCUUCUGGUGAUGACGGAUUGGAUUUCUUCGAGUCAAUGACAUUGAAACUGGAUGAACUCAAGGCAGAUGAAUACAGUUGCAAAUCUUUCAAACACGAGAAGCCAAAGGAUGAUGAGAAGUCUACUUGCUCAAUGCUUUCAAGGUCUAGAAGGGCUCAGGCAAAGAAGAGAACGCAAAGGAGAGAUUUCAAGAAAGAUGUCCUUCCAGCACUCACAUCAUUGUCCAAGCAUGAAGUGACUGAGGAUCUUCAAGUGCUCGGAGGGAUAACGAGAGCUUCAAAGUUGCAACUGACUGGUUCUACAAAGACAAAAAGGAGCAAACACAAGACAAGUUCUCAAAGGGGGCGAAGACAAGCGAGAAGUUUGGCCAUUGCAAUUGCAGAAAUGCACAAUAGUCCCCCUCGAACACUACCUAUUCACACAGAAUUGGAGAAUGCUAGGAGUAGCAUAAUGGGAUGGGGGAGGACUACUAGAAGAUGUCCGAGACAAAGAACAGCUAAUGCCGCGGCUCCCUAGGAGUAUUGUUUUAGAGCACAAGAAUCCUUGUCAUUGUCAAGGAAUAACAGUUUUCUGAGUUAAAACAGUAGCUUUAGAGAUGACAAGCUCUGUAAAUGUUGGUCUUGAUUUGGACCCAGUAUCACUGGCUUUUAGGUAGUUUUGUAGAUUCCAUGCAAUAAUUUGUUGAUGAUUUCUACAAGAAUAGGACAGCAGUUUUUUCU